GGCUCCUGGAGCGUCCUGUCCUCCCUGCCGGAAAGCCGGGGCAAGCAGGAGUCACGGGGUCAAUUCCCAGAAUCCCAGGGUCAGGGAGGCUGGGGGCAGGGCCGGGCACUGGACAAACAGAUCAAAGGUGAGACCAUGAGGCUCCAGAUCCGGCCUGGUCAGCUGGAUGGGUGCACGAUGAGGCUGCUGCUGAUCUUCCUGGGCCUGCUGUGGGGCUCGGCAGCCGCACCCCAGGGCCCGCAGUGGCCCGAGCCCGUGUUCGGGCGCCUGGCAUCUCCUGGCUUCCCCGGGGAGUAUGGCAACAACCAGGACCAGCGCUGGACCCUGAGGGCUCCCCCCGGCUACCGCCUGGGCCUCUACUUCACCCAUUUCCACCUGGAGCUCUCCUACCUCUGCGAGUAUGACUUUGUCAAGCUGAGCUCAGGGACCAAGGUGCUGGCCACGCUGUGCGGGCAGGAGAGCACAGACACGGAGCGGGCCCCCGGCAACGACACUUUCUACUCGCCGGCCUCCAGCCUGGAUGUCACCUUCCACUCCGACUACUCCAACGAGAAGCCCUUCACGGGCUUUGAGGCCUUCUAUGCGGCAGAGGACAUCGACGAGUGCCAGGUGCCCCCAGGAGAGGCGCCUCCUUGCGACCACCACUGCCACAACCACCUGGGUGGCUUCUACUGCUCCUGCCGCGCGGGCUACGUUCUCCACCGCAACAAGCGCACGUGCUCAGCCCUGUGUUCAGGUCAGGUCUUCACCGGCCGGUCGGGGGUGCUCAGCAGCCCUGAAUACCCACAGCCGUACCCCAAACUGUCCAGUUGCUCCUACAGCAUCCACCUGGAGGAGGGGUUCAGCAUCAUCCUGGACUUCGUGGGGUCCUUCGACGUGGAGACGCACCCUGAAACCCUGUGCCCCUACGACUCCCUCAAGAUUCAAACAGACAAAGAGGAAUAUGGCCCAUUUUGCGGGACGACGUUGCCCAGCAGGAUUGAAACAAAAAGCAACGCGGUGACCAUCACCUUUGUCACGGAUCAGUCGGGGGACCACACGGGCUGGAAGAUCCACUACACCAGCACAGCUCGGCCUUGCCCUGGUCCGGUGGCUCCACCUAAUGGCCGCCUCGCGCCUGUGCAAGCCCAGUACGUCCUGAAAGACCGCUUCGCCGUCUUCUGCGAGACUGGGUACGAGCUCCUGCAGGGUCGUCUGCCCCUCAGGUCAUUUGCUGCCGUGUGCCAGAAAGACGGAUCCUGGGACAAGCCGAUGCCGCAGUGCAGCAUUGUGGACUGCGGCCCGCCGGAAGAUCUACCCAACGGCCAAGUGCAGUACGUCACAGGUCCUGAAGUGACCACAUACAAGGCGGAGAUUCAAUACCGCUGUAACGAGAUCUUCUACACGAUGCGAUCGGAGGAUGGUAAAUAUGUGUGUGGGGCUGAUGGAUUCUGGACGAGCUCCAAAGGAGAAAAAUCGCUCCCAGUCUGUGAGCCUGUUUGUGGAAUAUCAACUCGCACCGUAAGAGGGCGCAUAUAUGGAGGGCAGAACGCAAAGCCUGGCGAUUUUCCCUGGCAAGUCCUAUUACUAGGUCGAACUACGGCAGCAGGCGCGCUCCUACAGGACAACUGGAUCCUCACGGCUGCUCACGCUGUGUAUGAGCAAAAAGAAGAUGCCUCCUCCUUAGAGAUCAGAAUGGGUGCCCUGAAGAGGCUGUCAGCUCAUUAUACACAAGCCUGGGCCGAGGCCAUUUUUAUACACGAAGGCUAUACUCACGAUGCCGGCUUUGAGAACGACAUAGCACUGAUUAAGUUGAAGAACAGAGUUGUAAUCAAUAGCAACAUCCUGCCCAUCUGUUUGCCACGAAAAGAAGCCGAAUCCUUCACGAGGACCAAUGACAUUGGAACCGUGUCUGGAUGGGGAUUAACCCAAAGGGGUUUUCUUGCCAGAAGUCUAAUGUUUGUUGACAUUCCAACUGUCGAUCAUCAGAAAUGUACUGCUGCGUAUGAAAAGCAGCCCUAUCCAGGGGGAAGGGUGACGGAAAACAUGCUUUGCGCUGGCUUAGAAGGCGGAGGCAAGGACAGCUGCAAAGGGGACAGUGGAGGGGCAUUAGUGUUUCUAGAUAACGAGACACAGACAUGGUUUGUGGGAGGAAUAGUGUCCUGGGGUUCCAUGAAUUGUGGGGAAGCAAACCAGUAUGGGGUGUACACAAAAGUUGUUAACUAUAUUCCCUGGAUCAAGAACAUAAUUAAUAACUUCUAAUUCGUUGUGUCUUCAAUCAGAAAAGGAUUCUUUUUAGAAACCCCUUUAAAAGACCGUACCGGCAACGUGACCCAGGAGACAUUAACAUGGCAGUUACCGCCCUACCGCCAAAACCAAAAGCAAACUGCGGGGGAGAAGGCCACCACAGGUGCCCCUCCCUUGGGGCUUCUCACCGCUUCCUGCCGGAUUCGAGGGGACACAGGCAAGUGAGAUCACCUGUGCCAAUCCCACAGAAAAUCACCAGUUAAAUCUGCAUCUCAUGACUUACAAAGUGCAGUAUCUGCACCAGAUAUCUGCAUUUCUAUAAACUGCCCGUUCAUGUUCUCUGACAGCUCUUCCAUUGUCUGGGGACUUGUUCUUGAUCUCUAACAGAGCUUUAUAUAUUAUAGCAGUACUGGUUCAGGGAUAACCUUGAAUCGUGAUUUUGUAGAUAAAACGGAAACAUCAAUACUUCAGGUUAGGUACUGACUGAUUCCCAUGUGCAAAACCAAUGCCAUCAGCUGGUGAGAUAUAAUUUUUCACUUAUCCAACUGGCAGACAAGAAAAACACAGAACAGCACCAUUUCACAUUGUCAAAGACAACACAGGUUUUCUAAAGGACAACUUGGCAACGUAUCUGAAAAGCCCUGAAAGCAUGCAGUCUUUGACCUAGUAACGCCAGCGCUAAGAAUUUAAUUCAGCUGUGAGGAUGUUCCCGGCACUUGGAAAUAAUAACCUAAAUAAUGUCCAAAUUCAGAAGACGGCUGAAUCAAAUGUGGCGAUUCCUUAAGAAGAACUACGACAUCAGAACUAAGUGGCCACAGCAUAGGUAAGUCUGUAGUUGUUUUAAUUCUCACAAUGAACACGAAAUCCUUGGGCAUACUUAAAACAACAGGUCACAAUCACAAGAGCCGAGUACAGAACUCCUGCACAACGAAGAGCUACUCUCCUGGCACUCAACGACAAAUUCUCCUAAGUAUCACAUGCAUCUUUGGAAUUAUCAAGCGGUUAAGAUACUUUCCCUAAGGACACAACUUAAGCUCACCUAACCUUAAAGAUCUCAGGUCAUUUCGGCUGGCUAUUCCUCCUUAAAGUCUUAAUAGCUAACGCUUAACAAAGAGUUUCAUUCUAGCCAAAUAUUUACCACUCGUGUAAAAAUUCAUUUUGAGUUUCUGCCUGAUUCCUCUUGUGCGUAUUAAAGGGGAACUUCUUGAGACUUCUCCAAAGUAACUUUCCAUCACCUUUGUCACAUAUAAAAAAGAAAUUGAAUUUUUCCAGUAAGACUCCAGACACUAAACUGUGGUGGCAACAAAUUUUUUAUUCAACUGGUUCAAAAAAGUUUUAAGAAUGAAUGCAUUGAGAUGACCAAAUAAGACUUUUAAUUUUAAAAACAAAUCUUUGCCAAAUAGUUUUACUUCUAGACUUCAUUUCUUUUUCUUUUUUUUUUUUAAUUUUAAGGGUAGAAUUAAAUACCCACAGCUACUAGUACCACAAACAUUGUUAACAGAAGGCUGCUGCAGAUUGAAAGCCUUCUAAGACCGGAAACUAGAUUCACAACAAGUGCAAGUAAGGGAUUAAAACCAUGCCAUUGACAAGUGAACUUACCCCUGGGCUCCUUGAAGGCUUGUCAGUUUAGUCUUUGGAGGUCCCCGAAUACCAUUUUAAGUGUUACCAAGUUACUGCUGCUGAGUAACAGUGCAAGUGCUAAAAUGCAAAAUUCAGAUGGUACAGGGUUUGGAAAUCAUGCAAUGCAGAUGCAGAAAAAAAUUAAAACAAUGCAAGAUCCUUUUACAGAGGAAACUGAGUAACGAAACAACGUGGCGAUCACAAGUCUAAAGGACGACUUCAUUUCUAAAAGCUUAAAACAUGUAACUUGAAAAACAAAAAUGACAAACCUAGUUAUCAUCAUCUAAUUAGAGAAGGGCAUCAGGUAAGCUACCGACACAAAAAUGUUAACAUUCUUCCAUCAGAAAACAAGCUCAACUCUCACAGCAGUUACAUAAAAAGUACAACAGAGAAUCAUAGAUUAUUGCUUUUACAUACUGCACAAUGCGCCGUGAGAGUCUAAUCUGAGUUUUCUGUCAACGAUUUCAUUCAACGUUACUCUAUUCCCCCACCUGUGGAGGACAAAGCCCAUUUCACUUAACACUUUCAGACAGACAUCCCACCCUGCUAGUUCUUAAAGCUAUCAGGCUUUGUAAUGGAUUUCAGGCACAAGAUAAAUUUGUGGUUUCUUCUACUUUAUCCCUACUGCAAUUAAUUCCACUUUUCAAAUCCCAAACUAGAAAGGUGCUGAAAUGCCCUCCUUUCCAACUGCUAUGCUUUGCUACAAAGCAUUUGAAAAUAAUCAACGUUGUUUUUCCCACUCCCCCCAAAUAAGAAUAUUUUUAGAAGGCAUGAUUCCCAAUGGAGAUUCAUACAGGCCAUGUAAAUAGAACAUCACCCAAAUGCACAGAGGCACUAAUAAAAAAAAACUGGAGGGUACUGCUUACCAUUUUAGGUGCGGUCACCCAGACUUAUUAAAAACUAGGUUUCAAAAGAAAAAAAAAAAAAAGCUUUUCACUUUGGACAAUGCAAGAACAAAUAGCAAUUAAGUCUGGGUAUCAGGUGUCAAUGCAUGACAGGUGAUGAAUCCAUUUGACUUGAGACAACUUUUCAAAUAAGUUUAUUUGAAGCAAAAUAAACUACUGCCAAGAAACUUUAUGAAAGUUCCAUCUCAAAAGGGUCAAAAAAGGGGAAUUAACUGCUAUGAAUUCUUUGCAUUCAGGGCUGCAAAACAAAGACACAUAUUAUUUAAAUCAGUUUUAUUUAAGAAUUUCCAACAUUGACAACUCUUAUAAAAAGCAUCCAAGCACAGGACACAGAACUGCAUCAAACAGCAUUCUUAUGGGUAGCUGACAGACAUUAGAACUUCCACCCUUCGUGGCGACACCCCGAGCUCACUGGUGAACUCUGCUUCCAAGUACUCCUGCAAAGCACACCACAAGCUCAGUCCAUGUUCUCAACCCACCAGCUUCAGUUCACAGGACCACACUUACAGAUCAGGAACAGAAGAGAACACACACCAUACAGCAUUCACAGCAGUUGACAAAAGGGGAGGGGAAAUACAAGUAUCGUUUCACUUAACACAUCCAACUAACGGGGUUAGCUAAGAACAAAACUCACUUAAAGUCUUCCAACAGAUGUGGAUGUCCUUUGAAUGCAAAAAACAUUCGUACGUUAUUUGCUAUCAUUGCUCUCUGCACACUCUCGCACCAAAGCCACAGGAUUGAGAGACACAUCUCGCCAAGUUAAAAAAUAUCCAUUAUGCACCACCAAGUCUCUGCACGCGCUCUCUCCUUUCCUCGCUCAUACUAGCCUUUCAUGCCUCGGCACCACCAUCAAUCCCACACAAGGUUUCAAAAGUUCAAACAGCCUUCUGGUUCCAUAUCACAGCCUUGCGUUCAUAGCGUUGAUACGACUCCAUGAAAUAAAGAGUAGCGGAUAAAAAUGGGACACCCACCGUCAAAGACGCAGCCUGUGCAGUGUGAUGACGAAGUCUUGAAUGAGAGAGCAUGUAGACGGAAGUAUUCCUAUGGCAGAAUAUUUACAGCACUACUUUCAAUGAAGUGCUUCUUCCAUAAACAUUUGAAAUGAGAUGAACUGCAGAGAUUAAAUGAAGGCUUCAUAUUGUACUUUUGCAUAUGAAGGGAGACAAGUGUUAAAAAAAAAACAAAAACGAAAACAAAAGAACCAAACACUGUGACACCAUGAUCUCCAAAAAAGGAGA